AACUCCAACUCCAACUCCAACCACCUCUCUUUCUCUCUCUCUCUCUCUCUCUCUCUCUCUCUCUCUCUCUCUGUUUUCUUUUGAUUCGCUGUAGGGUCCGUACACAUAUACGUACAUUUUCUGGUAUAACGUAUAAGUAAGUCGCUGAUUCCAUAAUUAGGUAGGCUGAUUCACUGAAUCUCAUUUGACUUUUCCAACUUGGGAAAUUUCGUUACUGCUACUUUUCUCCUCUCUGUCUCUCUCUCCCCCAGCCCCUUGGACUUAGUAUAAGAGGAAGGGAGAGAGGGAAGAAGCUGGAGGUGAUACGCAUACUUGAGGGGGAGGAGGAGACCACAUCGCUCUUGGCAGCAGCAGAAGAGCAAAUGGCGUCGUCCACAAGGGAACGACACGAGGACGAUUCAGCCCCACGGAAGCUCUAUUCUGAACAACAGUUAGUCGUUGAAAUUCCCGAAACCGCUCACCAGAUCAGCCAUGAUUCAUGGUUUCAAGUGGGUUUUGUGCUCACUACUGGUAUCAACAGUUCUUAUGUAUUGGGGUAUUCCGGGACAACCAUGGUUCCUCUGGGAUGGAUAGCAGGCAUAGUUGGGUUUAUCAUAGCCACCGUAAUCUCUCUGUACGCAAAUUCUCUCAUUGCUAAGCUCCAUGAAUUUGGAGGGAAAAGACACAUCAGAUACAGAGACCUUGCCGGUUUCAUAUAUGGUCGAAAAGCUUACUCACUCACAUGGGCAUUGCAGUAUGUGAAUCUCUUCAUGAUUAACACUGGAUAUAUCAUUUUGGCUGGUCAGGCUUUAAAGGCUGUCUAUGUUCUUUUUAGGGAUGACGAUGCCAUGAAGCUUCCGUACUUCAUUGCAAUAUCUGGGAUUGUAUGCGCCAUGUUUGCCAUUGGGAUACCCCAUUUGUCAGCUUUAAGGAUUUGGCUGGGAUUUUCGACUUUAUUUAGUCUUGUGUAUAUUGUCAUAGCAAUUGCAUUAUCGGUUCGAGAUGGAAUUGAAGCUCCCACAAGGGACUAUAGCAUCCCAGGAACAACGACGAGCAAGAUUUUUACUACUAUUGGUGCUGCUGCAAAUCUGGUUUUUGCAUUCAAUACAGGAAUGCUUCCAGAGAUACAGGCAACCGUAAGACAACCUGUUGUGGAGAACAUGAUGAAAGCACUCUACUUUCAGUUCAGCGUAGGAGUUCUGCCAUUGUAUGCUGUUACUUUCGUAGGUUACUGGGCUUACGGAUCCCAAACCUCAACUUACUUGCUCAACAGCGUUAACGGUCCAGUUUGGGUGAAGACAGUUGCCAGCAUUGCUUCUUUCUUGCAAACUGUUAUUGCUCUACAUAUAUUCGCAAGCCCAAUGUACGAAUACUUGGACACAAGGUACAGCAUCAAAGGAAGUCCACUGGCAUUUCAAAACUUGUCAUUCAGAAUUAUGGUGAGAGGUGGUUACCUAGCUAUAAACACCUUUGUGGCAGCACUAUUGCCGUUCCUGGGAGACUUCAUGAGCCUUACCGGGGCUGUCAGCACAUUCCCCCUCACUUUUGUACUUGCAAACCACAUGUACCUGGUGGCUAAGGAGAACAAGUUGACUAAUCUGCAGAAAUCUUGGCAUUGGCUCAAUGUCUGCUUCUUUGGCUGCAUGUCCCUAGCAGCAGCUGUUGCUGCCUUGAGACUCAUUGCAGUUGACUCCAAAACUUACAAUCUCUUUGCAGAUAUAUGACGAAAACUUUUAUGUUUCUUCAUAUAUACCUGUUAGAAUGUGUCCUCAUUUUCUCCUCAUUGUAUUUAAAAAGAAAUUACAGGCUUUUGUUUCAGUGUAAGAAUAAGAAUUAAAGCUUUCAGCAAAGCAUGAUAGUCACAAAUAUAUUGGCCUAUUCACCAUU